AUGACGGAUAGGAAUUUUCCAAGCGAACUAUUAAAACUCAAAGGAAGACAGCCGCUACCACAGAACUAUCAAAAUCACAUCAACAAUAUGACUGACACAAGUCCUCGAUCAUUCAAAAGUAAGUGGCAUUCUCGAAGUUUCGUAUAUGAGAAAAAGCUUCUUUGUUCAGCUGUCCUGGUUGGAUUUAAGCUUCAAUCUGGCGUUGGUCUUGUCAGCAAAAAAGAAAAAAAAACUGUUCUAAAUAUGGAUUGAAAAUAUGGCUCUUCGCCUUGGUCUCAAUGAAUUGCUCUCGUUUCCGGUGUGAGCGUGACGGAAACAGUUCUUCGCAAAAGCCUUGUUUUAGUUUUUUCUUCCAUCUUGUGUUCGACAUAUCUGAUGAGCCUACUGUAAAAUCUGCAGUAAUUCUAGUUGCUCUAAAAACAUGGUAGCGUGGGCAGCUUAAACAAGUCAGUCUCGUAUUCAGACUAAAACCAUUUUCCAUUGAGCCUCGAAAGUAAUACACGAUACCUUUUAGUUGUGUUUUACUUCUCUAUUUGAUUGGUUCGGACGUCCAAAUAACUUGUGUUUCCCUUUCAAGUAGACGGAUGCAAAACUGAACAGAUUGUGUCUUUGUCACUUGGCUCUUCCAUUUUCUAGUUUUUACUUUGACUACUCAAUGGUUGCUUCUAAUAUUUUCCUAUAUUGUGAUUAAUUAAUUAUUAAAUUGUUUUUGGUUUAACGACACUUUAUCAAAAAGUGCAUGAGUUCUCUAUUUAACUUGGAUCAUACACUAACAUGUAAAUGUUCUUUUCCUCUGAUGCAGAGGAAACAUCGCAAAAGUCGGAAAACAAUACAGGACCCUUCAUUGUAUUAGGCCUGAUAUUUUUAACAUCCUUAGUGGCACUAGCCUUUGUUUACUGGAGUUUUCCCAAGCUGAGACCGUAAGUCCUAUUUCUAUUCAUCUGUCUUUUUCUUUUUGGGUAGAGCUUUUCUCAUUGCUAAAAAUUAGUAUUGCAAAUCAUUAUCCAACUAUGCUACACUUCACUAGCUGGUUUGCUUUUCCUGUUUUAUAAGAAAUGGGCAUAAAAUAAAGCAGAUGGAUAAUAAAUUACUUAUUAAACAUUUUGGUGUGUAGUAUUGCUAAGUAUUUUAACUCGUUGUUUGUAUUUUGACGUUUCCAACAGGCUCAUUGAAAUAUGGCACAACUCAUAAAAAUAUUCAGUGAUAACACACACAAAAACAUAUCUUAAAAUAUAUGUAUUAUAAAAAUUUUAACUUAGGAUUAAGAGUCUGAUGUAUAUGAGCUUUUUGAAAUCUUUCAAAUGGUAUGAUUACUAAUUUUUCUUAUAACAUAGCACGCGUGUUUGCCCUACAUAAGUCCUAUUGAGCCACCAUGAACAAAAUCUUUAUUUACACACACCUGUGUGUAAAUAAGAUGACGUGAGCAUUUUUUUUGUGACCAUUGAGUUCAUUUGGCUUUGAUUUUUUCCUUUUCCCUCGUAAAUUUUGAGCUUUUCAUCCACAGUUAUCGGUUUACUAGAUCAAAUGUUCUUGCUCAAACCAAAGUAUAAAAUGUGGCAUGUUUUUGACUAGCCAAUAGGGAUGUUUGUUUACUUUUUUUUGUGCUUUGUGAAAAUUUUGCACUCUAUCACAAUAAAAGGCUUCUUUGCACAGAUCCUUGUUGUCGCUCUGUUAUAAAAGAAUUUGCUCGUGCUCUUAGCUGUGCAUAUAUCAAGUUAUGGAUGCACUUGGGAAGUUUGGAGAGCACUCAAAAAGCUAGAGUUGCUCUCAACUGCGCCUCAAGCUACUCUUACACAUUAUUUGUGCACUCCAAACUUCCUGCAUGCAUCCUUAACUCGAUAUAUGCAUGCUAAGCAUUAACAAAUUCUUAAUUUUCCAAGGAUGUGUAAUUGAGAGCAAAAUAUAAUUGAUUUUACUUAUUCAGGAGGAUUUGUGCUAUACAUGCACCACUUUCUCCUAUUUAUAUAGCUUUGUGACACAUAAAGGCAUCAAAUCAUAUAAAGAUUCCAUUGAACCCUUGAACUCCUCAGAUCCAAUUAGAAAUUCUCCCAACUGGCUGCCAUACAUUUAACUUUUAAAGAAGAUAAGAGAAUUUGGUGUUUUAUCAAGUUGACUCCAUCAAGCUGAUAGGGGUGUUUGUCCUCAUAACCUGUUUGCAAGAUAAAACAUAUUGAAACUGCAAGGAAAAGUUACACAUUAAUCACUUACCUCACUAUCUAUACCAGCCAUUAUCUUUUGGGUUUGAGGAACUUCAUGCUGUAAUGGUCUCCGUAGUGCAAACACAGGUACCCUACAAAUAAUAUCUCUAAAAGUAAAAACUGACUAUGAAUGUAAUGUUUACAAAAACUUUCACAAUUCACAGUGAAGACAAGGCAAGGAUAAAACUUCCAAGAGACAUGGAAGAUGCAAAAGGAUUAGGAAGAGCAUUGUCCAAUUACACAGAUGAAUAUUUCACUCAAGUUCUUCUAGGCUUUGUUGUAAUUUAUAUUUUGUAUCCUUUUCAUGAAGUUUUUGUUUUGUUUUUUUGAAUUUUUUCCAUAGUAAAUUUAUGCACUGUAGAGAAUUAGAAUUUUAUUUUGGAUUGAUAUAGAGUUUCCCAUGUUUCAGCUUUUUGUGAAUACUUGUUAACCCUUUGGGAGACUUGUAUCUAAUCGCUCCUCACAAUAUCAUCCCCCAAUCAAACAUUUAGAUCACAAGAAUAAAGGAAAUGAUCGUCUACUGAUGGAGCUCUUGAUUGUUAAACAAAUUCUCCUUGUCAGCACCUUAGGGAAUGUACAGAGCACAGUAUGGAGAAUAUGCAUACUGAUACUAGUUUAUAUUAAGGGUUAGUUAGCUGAGGUUUUACAUAGUCAUGAGGUGCAAGAUUUAAGAAUUCAUCAUGAGUUUCUUGUUUCCUUUAUCUCAUGGUUUUGUGAUGGUUAAUGCUGCAGUGUUUUCUUUAACCUUUCACACAGCUUGCAAACAUUUGCUAUACCAGGAUCAAUAUUUCUCAGUAUUUUAUCAGGAUUUUUAUUCCCUUUUCCUUUAGCUCUAUUUUUUGUUUGUCUGGUAAGUUAAUUUGGAUUUUAAGGUUUAAUUGAUCCUAAUUUUUGAAACACUCAGAAAUCUACAAAGUGUAUCCAAGGUCUUCUUUACCAUAUUUGUUUUAUUUUUUCUUACUCAGAACGUGAAUUGUUUCUGUUUUACAGUGUUCCAGUGUAGGUGCAUCAUUCUGUUAUUUAUUGUUCUACCUGGUUGGUCGAAGGCUGGUAAAACAUUAUAUGCCAGAGAGAGUAGAUCAGUGGUGUGAACAGGUACUUCCAUUUACCUAUUUUUAAGUAUUUGAUUGUACUAUCCAUUUCCUAAUUUUCCUAAUUUCCUUAUUUUCUCAUCCAUGCUACAUCUUUCUUUUUCUUCGUGGUUCUUUGGUUUGUUCCCUUCACUAAUAAAUACAAGCUCUGUCUCUCAACAAUGUCAGAUUUAGAAACUCUUUACAUUGGCCUAUUUACAUUAUCAACUCAGUUGAUAAAACCAGACUAUCUUGUAAUAUCCCCUUGGGAUGUAGCACCACAGUUUCCUUAAAAACUUACUCCUUUAAAUUUAUUAUCGGCAUAAUGAUUGACGGGGAAUGAGUGGAUAAAGAACAUUUUAUGGAUGCACCACUGCUAAAUUAUAUUCAUAUAAUUAUUUAGUUAAUUAUAUUAAUAUAAUUUCAGUUGUAUAUUAUUGGAAUUUAUAACUUUUGCAUUUUAUAUUUUGUCACAGGUUAACCAUCAUCGAGACAACCUCCUAAGCUACAUUAUAUUCUUGCGCAUCACUCCUUUUCUUCCCAAUUGGUUCAUCAACAUUUCUUCUCCAGUGAUAGGUGUCCCCCUUUUGCCAUUUUUUGUCGGCACUUUUGUAGGUAAGUCAUUUUAAAAAAUUAAUAACGUCACCUCGAUAAUGGCCAAGAUGUGUUUCAUGAACUUGCAAUUCUUGUAAAAGUUUUGUAGCAGUUUCUUAGUGUUAUGGAAAUCAGUUAUUUAUUGGCUAUUAUGAAGAGUUGCAGACAUUUUCAUUCUAUUUUAUGUUAAGUUACUUUUAGUGGUGAUUGUGCCUAUUUCAAAAGUUACUGCCAUACUUGAAUUCAACUCACAUUCCCCUUUCCAAAAACAAAAAACAAAAUACACUUAUUUGGGCCCAUUUAUUAGUUAUAUUUUGUUUUUGCAUAGGUGGCAUAGUGUAGAUUAAUUUUUGCUUUGAAUAUCAUUUUUUAGGUGUUGCUCCACCAUCUUUUGGUUUUAUCAGUGCAGGAGUUGAACUGUAUGUUUUAACAACCACAGGGGAUGUUAUGUCAUUCAAGUCCAUCAUGAUUGUGGUUGUGUCUGCUCUUCUGUCAUUAGCUCCAGUGAUAUUCAAAAGACAACUUAGGGCAAAGAUAGAAUAAAAUAGAUAAUUUUUGUAAUAGCUUAUUUUAAUUGAUUUUGCUCAAUAAUUAGUUAAAUGUGUAUGGGAGAGAAAACGUGUAUUCAUUGAGAUGAGAAAAAAUUUUCUCUUACAAUUUUUGUAAGUACUAGUAAUGUAGGGGUUUCAUUGAAAGUUGGUUACUGGCAGUCCACAGUCACCUUUUAACCCUUUAACUCCAAAGAGUGACCAAGACAGAAUUUCUCCUUACUAUCUCUAUACAAUAUCAUGCAGACAAGUGAUGAGGAUAAAGAAAAAUAUCCAUUAUGGGAUUACUAAUUGAUCCAAUAACAAAUUCUCCAAACUAACAUAAUGAGAAUCAUUUGGCAGAUAGUAAGGAGAAUUACCAAUGAGAUCUUGGGAGUUAAGGGGUUAAGACGUCUUGUCACUGUCUGUUUAGCCUGCAAGCAGGUUCUCUUGCUAAGGUUUUGCCUUAUAAUCACUUUUCUGGGCACAACUGCCUAUUACACCUGAGGCAGCCACUUAAGGAAAAAGUUACUGGUGGUAGCAAUGAGUCAUAUUUAGCAAGACCAUACUCGUUCCUUGGCCAUUUCAGUAUAGCCAAACUAUUUGAUGUCAUGUGAUCUAAGUAAAAAAUUCAGAGCAGGACUUUGACUUAGGGUGCUAUAACAAAAGACCAUUUUGGAGUUCAGAAGCCUCACUUUUCUAGGGAGAAGUGUAAAGACUUUCUGGUGAAAGUAAGUCUGAGUACAAAAUAUUAAUCCACAUCAAAAUAAAACGUUUUUGUCUUCACUCUUAUUUUGAGCGAAGGGUUUGUGCAUCUCACAAUGGUUAUUACUAUUGACUCUAAUGGUCUGGUUGUAAGCUAUUCAAAACUCCAGUAUGUAUGGUAAAGAUACUGAAAAAUCUAAAUGUUCUGGGGUUUGGAGAAUGUUGUUGUAGUUGCUGUUGAUUUUUCUUUUUUUGAGCAAAAAAUGCCUCAAGGGUUUUAAAAGAAAUUCUGAGUAAUUUAGGCUUUUGCUUUUGGUAAAGAUGCUGUUUGUUUGCUAAGAGUAUGAUUAUUUAAUAUGCAUUUAUGUUUUCAGGAUUUUAUCAGCUGCUUGUAAUAUCUGUACAAGAGGGACCUAAUUUAUUGCUAAAAAGUUCUAUUAUUAUGGAACAAUAAAUUUUGAAUUGAAAAUACUGCCACUGUUAUCAUACUGUGGUGUUCCUAUCAUUUGACUUAUUGAAUGUAAUGUUUCAGAGGAACAGAGUUGUUGAGACCUGUCAUCAUAGUAGUCAUGAGAAUAAAUUCCUUUCACAUUGUAUUUAUUUACUGGAUAAUCUCAAGCUUAAAUGUACUUUAAAGUCUAAUGCUG